CGAAUGGAGGAGCUUCUAAGUCCGCAAACGAUAACAAGGCACAAGCCCAUCAAAUCGAAAUGACUGGCUCAGGCGUCUUAACCGCAGUGGGGCAGUAUUUGAAAGCAGUCGCGGAUGAGGAAGACAGAUUGAUCACUGAUCGAAAGUAUCGAGCUGUGGCAAUCAAACGGAAACCGGAGCUGCUGUCUUCUCUUUUAAGACUGCUUCUGCCUCAUGCAUGAUGAUGUUAGUCCAUUCGGAUUGGACCUUGUUCUGCCUCAUACAUAUUAAUGUGGUUGUAAAAGAUAAAGAUUAUUCAAGAUGCAGCAAGAUGAUGUGGUGUUGAUUUUGGUACUUCGUUUUUGGCUUCACGUUCACUUACACCCUCGACCACAAUCUUCUCAAAUUCAAUCGUUCACCUGGUACUACUGGGUCGAGAACAUCAUCAAGAGUCCUUAUUCCUCUAACUCCCAACUUGGACCGGCACGAAAAUCUCCAGCAUUUGAUAGGACCCGCCUCACC